UGUAUUACAUCUUGCAGCGAUAGUUUUGGAUCUGAGACUUAAAAUUCAAUACUUUAAAGAUCUUGGUUGGUCAUUAUAUCUCAUUGCUCAGAUUAAAAAUAUCUAUGCAUCUGUUCCUAGACAAAACACCUAUUCAACUCUUGAAUUACCACCAGUAAAUAUUAUAAAAAGAAUUUAUAAGCAUUGGCAUGAAAAUGAAGUAAAUUAUCCAAACCUUGCAAAGUUUGCUAAAGACUGUCUUCCUAUACCAGCUACAAGUGUGCCAAGUGAGGAAGUUUUUAGUAUUAGUG